AUGAACGUCGAUCAACCCAUCCAAGAGACAUCCUCAGGAGUUUACCAACCGCCCGACAUCCCUGCAAACCCUCAGUAUCCCUUCUAUAGCCAGACUGUGUCUCUCUACGAGCCCAUAUACCCCAUCGGCUGGUCGCAACCAGUAACGAAUGCCGAGUACCAACAUCUACAACACCUCAAAAACAAAUACGUUCCGUCUUUGCGGGGUGUGUUGAUGAACUACAAGAACGUCGCUCUGGGUGAGAAUCCCGGGCGCAAGGGUGCCGCGGCUUCAGAUGAUGAUCCCAGCAUCCUGAAAUCAGUCAACGAGUACGCCGUUGGUUUUGGCUGGAUUACCGCAGAAGUCGACCUGUUUGUCCCCAGCCGUGGUGCGUGGAUGGAAGGCAGCAUCAACCUGCAGACUGAAGGCCAUAUUGGUGUCGUUUGCUUCGGUCAAUUCAACGCUUCCAUUGAGGCUCGACGUCUACCAUCUGCCUGGAAGUGGGUCUCUAACGAGGACCCCGAGGCCCAUGGUAUGGAGGAGACUGCAUCGGUGAUUACCGCUGACGACCACGGAGUCGUGCGCCAGAUUCACAGCACGGGCUUCUGGGUUGACGCCAAUGGAAAGAAGGUUAAGGGCAAGAUUCGUUUCCGUAUUCGCAACUUCGAUGUCGGUGUCAGCGGCGAGACGAGCUACCUCAGUCUAGAGGGAACCAUGCUGGACAGGGAGGCGGAAAAGGCACUUGUCAAGGAGGAGGCUGCUACAGCCGCUUUGAGAAAAGGAACCAAGGGAGCGCGCAAGAUCCAGCGAAGAAGAGCACCAGAGUUUGCCAUGACACGUUUCAUGGAUGAGGAGGAGAAACCCGCCGAGGCGCAAUCAGCUGAGGCAGAAGCGGCUACAGCAUAA